AUGGCAAAGACAACACAUUGUAGUGAUGUGUCUCUGGGAAUGGAUACUACUUGUGGCUCAUAUGCUUUGGUUGGUUCUGUUACCCAGCAUAAUGCUCCUAUCGUCGAUCACCAUUCGAAUGCGGGUAUGGCCAUUAUAGGAAAGGCAAAUUUAUCGGUAGGCGCUUUACUGUUUUAUAUUCGUGUAGCUACUGAACAUUGCAAUCAUGUAGGAUCAUCAUCGGGAAGUGCUUCUAGUGUUGUAGCCGGCUUUGCACCAUUAGCAAUCGCAACCGAGAUAGACGGAUCGAUCACGCAACCUGCGAGCCGUGCAGCACUAUUCGGUAUAAAGGUAACCGUGGGUCGUGCAUCAACCGAAGGUACAGCCUCUUGGUCUGCCUUAACGGACAGUAUCGGUGGUAUGGCAAAGUCCGCACGAGACUUGGCAUACCUGGUAGAUGUCGUCCUUGACACCAUAUCACUCCAACUUUACACACAAAUUAGAAAGGUCAAACUGUUGGCUUUCCAACAACGCGAAGCUUACAUAUAUACCAAGAAAAAUCUCGUUGAACACGGAGCGACGUUGCACGAAAGUGUCCCUCUGAAUUCAGUGGAUGAGCUUCAAUUCGAUGGUGAUGAUGCUCUCGAUCAACUAUGGAACCAUGAUUAUGCGAAAGCCUGGGAAAAGUUCUUGGAAAACUUUCCUAGCAGUUCAAUGAAUAGCAUUGCCGAAAUUGUAAAAUUUAACAAGCUAAACGCAAAGGUUGCCCUGCCUGCGGAACAUCCAGGCCAGCAACUGUUGGAAAGUGCCUUGGAAGACAAAAUGCCUCAGGAAAAGUAUGUUGAAGGAGUAUCAUUAAUACGCGAGGCAGCCAAGACGAAUGGAAUUGAAAAGACAAUACAUCAGUUUGGUCUUGAUGUAAUUGUUGGACCUAUCGAUGGUCGUAAACCUACCAUUGCCGCCGCAGCAGGACAUCCUGUAGGCACUGUUCCCUUAGGCUACACUAAAACAAUGGACGUCCAUUUGGACUCGCUGUUGUUGCUUUGGCUAAUGAAGAGCACAAGAUAUUGCAAUUCAUGGCUGCAUGGGAUGAACUCACGCCAUCACGUUUACCCCCUCCCCAACUACCCCAACUAA